AUUUAUUCAGGGAAACAAAGAUGUCGCUGACUAAAGCUUUCCUGAAUCACUAGAACUUCAUUUAUGUCGUCUACUGUGCCUGUUGUUAAGUGUCGAUAACUAGCUGCAAAGAUGUCUGCGAAGAACCCGAGUUCCAUCCAGGUGUGCAUCAAGAUCCGUCCCUGCGAACCGGAGCUCACCUCCCUGUGGCAGGUGAACGAUGGUCGCUCCAUUCACCUGGCGGACAGCCACGCGGAGCCCUACGUCUUUGACUACGUCUUCGACGAGGGCACCAACAACCAGGAGGUGUUCGACCGGAUGGCCAAGCACAUCGUGCACGCCUGCAUGCAGGGCUUCAACGGAACUAUUUUUGCCUACGGCCAGACGUCGUCGGGAAAGACCUACACGAUGAUGGGCGACGGCCAGAACCCGGGCGUCAUGGUGCUGGCCGCCAAGGAGAUCUUCCAGCAGAUCUCCAGCCAGACGGAGCGCGACUUCCUGCUGCGCGUGGGCUACAUCGAGAUCUACAACGAGAAGAUCUACGACCUGCUGAACAAGAAGAACCAGGACCUCAAGAUCCACGAGGCUGGCAAUGGUAUUGUGAACGUGAACUGCGAGGAGACAAUUAUAACCAGCGAGGAGGACUUGCUUCGCCUCCUUCUGGAGACCCAGCUAAACGAGCGCUCCAGCAGUUCGCACAACAUCUUCCGGAUAAUCAUCGAGUCCAGUAAGUCGGACCGCAGCGACGAUAGCGUCGUAAUCCAGAGCGUGCUCUACCUGGUGGAUAUGGCUGGUGGAUCGGAGCUGGCGGACCAGACGGGCUCCCCAGUCCAUGUAAACAGCAACAUUAUCCUGGGCAACGUUAUCAAGAGCCUGUCGGAGCACGUGGACAAGAAGUUCAUUAGCUUCCGCGACUCCAAACUCACGCGCAUCCUGCAGGCUUCGCUUUGUGGCAAUGCCCUGACCUCCGUCAUCUGCACAAUGAAGCCCUCUGUCUCGAAGAAGUCGCAAUCCACCCUGAACUUUGCCACGUGUGCCCAGAAGAUCCGCAUCAAGCCGCAGGUCAACGAGAUGGACUCCGAUGCGUCGAUGAUGAAGCGGGUGGAUCGCGGCAUUAAAAUACUGAAGGACAAGCUGGCCGAGGAGGAGCGCAAGAACGAGAGCCAGUUGAAGGUGCAGGAUCUGGAGCGACGCAUCAAGCGCGACAUGCUCAAGAUCAUCUCGAGCACUUCGCUCAGCGACCAGCGUCACCAGAAGCGACGGCGAACGAGGACAUCGGGAUCAGAAAGCGAGAUUCUAGUAUCUUCAUUGCCCGCCUUGCCAGAGGAAUCCCGCCUGCCGCGUCCAUCGAAAAUGUCCAACCUACCGAAACCCAUGUUUUACCCUACUAACGCCCUUUCCCAUCGACGGGAGAUCGCUCCCAAAACCAUCGGCGUUUAUCAAUCUUUGAAGGAGGAAUAUUUAGGAGUGCCUAAAUUGUUGGAAACAGAGUCGGCGAUCAGUAAACCUUCUAAAAUCGGUUAUAUUCCUAAAAUAGAACAGGAGUCCAUGGCAAACUGCCAUGCCCUGCAGGUCGAGGUCUCUGCUCUUACUGCAUCCAACCAGGUAGCCAAGGCGACGAUCGAGAAGUACGAGGAGCAGGUAAAGACGCUGAACGAGACCAUCAGGCGGCUGGAGAUGGAGAACAGCGAGGCGGUGGAGGAUCUGGGGCUGCGCUUUGAGUCGCACAAGACCAAGUCGAAGCAGCUGGAGAACGAACUGCUGUCGGCCCUGUCCGAAAAGGAUUCCACCAUCGAGGGCUUGCAGCAGUCGCUAAAGGAGCUUUCCCGCGAUGUGCUGCGCAACAGCAAGGAGGAUCACAUGCGUUCCAUGUGCCCCGAUCUGGAGUCCAGUUGCGAGAGGAUCUGCAACAAGUGCCACGAACUGGAGCGCCUUCUGCCCAUUGCCGAUGUCAAUGGAUUGGAGACCAUUGCCUGCCAGUGCGAUCAGCUGCGUUCCGAGAUUGCGGCCACGCGAAUCAAGCUGGAAAGCGUUCAGUCGGCCUUUAGCCAGGCCAGCUGUGAGGUUACCCAAAAGACCACCGACUGCGAGCGCCUCUCCAGAGAGAUCUCCACAGCCCAGGAUGAUUUUGGCCAGCUGCAGGAGAAGUACAACACCCUGGAGCAGCAGUGGAUAAGUCAACAAUUGGCCAUCGAAACGAUGCAGGCUGAAUACAAUGCCAUCCAGCAAAAGUACCAGAAGCUGCAGGCGGAGUACGAGCAGCUGGGCAAAAGUUCUGACCUCCGUUGUAAGGAACUCCAGGCUGACAACACGAAACUCCAGGCGGAGAUUGGAACGCUCAAGGAGCGAGUGGAGGAGGCUCAGCGCAAACUCUUAGAAGCUCCGAGUCCAGAAACUCUGGCAGAGAAGUUCAAGACUCAAAAUCAACAGCUCAAGGCGGAAAUCUCUGAACUGCAGUCGAGAUUCAACGAUAUUCAGCGGGAGAACGACUGCCUGUCCAACCAACUGAUGGAAAGUGUCCAGGAGAACGACGCCCUGCGCGAGGAGCUUAAGCAGCGCUUGCAUAGCUUUGAUGUGGAGUCCAUGAAGAGUUCCGGCCUGGGCACUGAGUGCAGCGAACAGGAUAAUAACCACGAACUAGAUACUGAUUUCAUGGAGCAGUUUGUCCAGCUGUCGGAAUCCAUCCAACAGAUUAAACUCCAGCAUCAUUCCGGCUUUAGUCGCCUCUUUAGAACCAAUAAAUUGGGACAGGAUGAGAGCCUGCCAGGCCUGAAGCUUUGCUUGGAGUCUGCCGAGUACCUAGAAAGUGAUGCCAGCCAGCAGGAGGCAACCGAUUCCGUUUGCCUAAAGGGCUACCUGAAGCGUCUAAGAUUUCAGAUUGUGCGAAUAAGUCAGGAGGAAGUAUUUAUGGAGGAGGAGGACCGAUUGCGUGGAAAAAUCUCCCAAUUGGAGCAGGAGGUCAAGGAGCAAAAGACGGUGAUGGCGGACGACGAGGCGGUUAUCCAGGAGAUGCGGGAGCAGGUGACCUGCCUGCAGUCUGCCCUCGUGGAGAAGAGUCUCAUGGAGGAGAAAGUAGGGGACUACCAGCGGCAGAUCGAAAGUCUGCAGAAACUAAAUGAGGAAAUGCAGGAUCAGGUGGCCAAAGAUGAAUCUUCCGCCAAGGAGGCGCAGGAAAACGAAGUAGCUACCCUCAAGGCAGCUCUUUCGGAGUUAAAAUCCAACGUUUGCGAUCUGCAGGCCGAACUGCAGAGCCAGUUGAAGCAGAUGCAGCUGAAGGACGGAAACAUAGCCGAGCUGCAGACGCAGAUUGAGGAAAUGGGUGAACGAUGUGUGUCCAUGGGAAUGAAGCUGGCGGAGUUGGAGGAAAAUGAGCGGCAAAAGCAAGAGCUUCUCGAUCGCCAGGCGUUGAAACUAUCCGAUAAUCUACGUCUUAUAGAUGAGCUUCAGGAUCGCAGUACAAAAGCGGAAGAAUCUCUAAAACUGGAGAAGGCAGAAUAUAAAAAACAAAUCGAGGAACUCGAAGAAUCAUUAAAAAUGUCUCAAGAAGAACUUAGAAUGCUGGAGAAGAGAAACAGGGACGAGAUCAACGAGCUGCAGCUGGAGUACAUGGUGAAAAUGGAGACAUGUGAGAGCGAGAACCGCGCCAAGUUCCGCUCCUAUUGCCUUGGACUAGAGGAAAGCAAGGAUGGCUAUGAAAGCAGUGUGGCCACUCUGAAGGAGCAACUAUUGCAGGCGGGGGAAGAGCUCUCCAGAGUAACGAAUCGCUGUCAGGCGGAGUUGGGUGAGAUCAAGCGAACUCUCGAAGAAACUAUUGCUAAGGCCGAGGAGGAGAGGGUAAUUUUAAAUGCCCAGCACCAGGUAGAGCUGGAAAAAAUAAGGGAAACCCUCAAGGAGAAGUUGGCCGAGGCCGAAGAGAAACAGGAGAAGUCGGAAGCGGAAAUUAGCGUGGUAAAAGCCACCCUAAAAGAGCAACUAAGCCAAGCAGAGGAGGAGCGGGAGAAAGCGGCCUCCAAACUUGAGGAGAUGGAAAGCACUCUGGAGGAGAUGAAAGUCCAUAAUAGCGCCAUGAAAACCACAAUUGCCGAGCUGGAACAAAGCAAAUCUGAUCAGGAAUUGUCCUUGCAAAAACUAGAGAAGCUUUACGACCAAGAUCAGUCACGCAGUAUUGACCAGGAGGCACAGGCACACGAACAAAUCAAUAAUCUCCUGGAAAAGUGUGAGCAGCAUCAUCAAGACUUGGAUGAAUUGAGGAAGGAGAAGAUUGCCUUGGAGUCGCAGAUUCAGGAUGCGAAUAAUCAGCACUCAAAUACCCUGAAGAAACUCCAGGAACUUGAAACUGAAAUGGCUUCUCUAACCGAGAAGAAGAACUUAGAGAAGGCUGACUUGGAGGAAAAGCUAGAAACUUUCAAUGCCAAGACAAGCGAUCUCGAAGAAAAACUGCGUUGUGCUCAGCUCAAGCUUAUUGCCAAUGAAGAUUUAGUUUCGCAGCACGAACGGCUGAAAGUCUGUCUCACCGAGGCAAACGAUUUGAAGGAUGAGCUGCAGAAAAAGGUGGAGCGUCUGCGCUCCGACUUACUUACCGCUCAGGAAGGAAUCUCUACUAGAGAUGCAGAAAUUAAACAGCUUCGCUCUGAACUGUUUAAAGCCCUGGAUGAAAAGACUACUGCGAGCAUGGAACAGGUCAGUUUACUAGCGCAGCUCAAAGAAGUCGAGGAGAAGAUGUCCGUCCAGGAAGGCAGUUUCCAACGCGAGGUGGACGAUCUCAAGGGUUCAAUGGACGAGCUACAGCUCAAGCUUGAAUCUCUGCAAGAUGUAAGGAAUAACCUGGAGACCGGAAAUGAGGAGCUGAAAGCCAAGCUGAGAAAUGCCCAGAAUCUGCAGAGCAUGUUGGAAAAGGAGCAAAAGUUGUGUGCCUCCCUAAGAGAAAGCCUAGAUCUGCUAGAAGAAACGAAAACUGAUCUCGCAGAGCAAAUCCGCGCCAAGGAAACAGAAGUCGAUGAAAAAUUCAAGGAACUGAAGCUAGGCCGCCACAGAAUCGAAGAACUGACCAAGGAGUGCGAAACACUUCGUUCCGAUUUGCAAGCCAAAGAGCGCAGUUUUCGAACGGAGAAGGAACAGUUGGAUGGCACCAUUUCAAAUCUAUUGAAAGACAAGCGCAACUUGGAGGAGGAGCUGGGUAAACUCAAGGAAGAACUCACAAAGAAGUCCGAAGAGCUACAAACAACUCUGAAAUCCAAGGAAUCCGAUAUGGAAAAGAACAAACAGCAACUGGCGGAGAAGCUUACUAUCCUUACUGAAAAGGAUAACGAAAAUGCUCGACUUAAAGCCCAGUUGGCGUGCAAGGAGAAAGAACUUGCUUCUCUGCAAGAGGAAUCAAACAAGCACAAAUUAGCCACAGAAGCAGCCAUAAAAGAACAUCUCGAAAUGAUUGCUAAACUUGCUGGAGAGUGCGAGACGCUACGAUCAACUGUGAAAUCCAGGGAAACUAGCUCUAUAACAGAAAGGGAACGCAUGAACGGCACCAUCUCCAGUUUAUUGGAGGACAAGCGCAACCUCGAGGAAAAGUUUUGCACGGUCACCGAGAUCAUGUCUAAGCUUGAACUGGAACUGGCUGCCUUACAAGCGGCAAAAGUAAGCGGAGGCAACGGGUCCUUCGAAUCAAUUGCCUCUAAAGGAUCCCCGAAUUCUGGCCCGUCUGCUUCUGCCAAGAAAACUUUGGACCGCAAUGCUGCUGCCAGUUUGUCAAGGAAAUCAAUAAGCUUUGAUCCUACGGUGCGCAAGAAUCGGCGGAUGACGGCUUACGAUGAGCACCGAAACCAUGACCGAUCCCUUGGAUCUCAAUAGCCGUUGUU